CUCCAACCCACAACCUCAGGAUGGCUGCUACAGGAACAGGGAAUUAACUCACGACUCACCUCUCCCCCUUCUCUAGCUUCAGUUAUUUGGCUUUGGCUUCUGACAAGCUGAUUCUUCAAGAAUACUGCACACUGGAAGGUGUAGUCCUGGAGUAAAAACAAUGUACCCUACAUUCACAUGGCUCCUGUUGGUGACAGGACUUCAAACCAUCUCCUCGCAGGAUCCUUAUGAAGACAAAAGUGUGGCGAAAAAAGUAAAAAACAAACUGUUGUCCUCAAAUGCAAUAGAGAAACAUGAUGGCCAAGCUAUCUUAGAUGAAGACUGCACCUUCGAGCUGGCAUUUCUGGUGGACAGCUCAGAGAGCGCCAAGGACAACCACGAACGGGAGAAGCAGUUCGCCAUCAAUGUGGUGGACAAACUCGGUGGCGUCCGCCUCAAGUCAGGUCGCGGCCUCAGCUGGAAGGCGGCCUUGCUCCAGUACAGCAGCCAUGUGGUCAUUGAGCAGACAUUCAAACAGUGGAGAGGAACUGAGAACUUCAAGUCCCGCGUUGCACCCGUUCUCUACAUUGGACAUGGUACCUACACCACCUACGCCAUUACCAACCUCACCCAGAUCUACUUAGAGGAGUCAAACCAAGGAAGUGUCAAGAUCGCAGUGCUCUUCACGGAUGGAGUGUUCCACCCCAGGAACCCCGACAUCUUCUCGGCCACCGCUGACGCCAAGAACCAGGGAGUUAAAUUCUUCACCAUCGGUAUCACGAGGGCAGCUAAUGAGCCCUCCAACGUUGCUAAGCUGCGCCUGCUGGCUAGCUCCCCGGCCUCUAGGUUCCUCUAUAACCUGCAAGACACUGGGAUUGUUGAUAAAGUCGUAAAGGAAAUGGCAGAGCUGGCUGAUGAAGGGUGUCCCCUGGCUCAGAAAUGUGUCUGCGAAAAGGGAGAGCGAGGUCCCAGCGGUCCACCUGGUAAGAAGGGUCGUCCCGGAGACGAUGGAGCCCCUGGUAUAAAAGGAUAUAAGGGUGAAAGUGGACUGAGUGGACUUCCAGGUCGAGAAGGCGCAGAGGGUAAACCUGGCUACAAAGGCGAAAAGGGUGAAAGAGGAGAAUGUGGAACCCCUGGAAUUAAAGGAGACAGAGGUCCUGAAGGUCCAUCUGGUAUCAGAGGAGCGAGAGGUCUCCAGGGUCUGCCAGGGUCUCAGGGAGACAUUGGGACAGAGGGACCACAGGGAAAGAAAGGGGAACGCGGACCUGCUGGGCCUCCUGGGAUUCAAGGGGAAACUGGAAUUGGGCUUCCUGGACCAAAGGGUGAUAUGGGCUUUCAAGGAAGACCAGGGCCGUCCGGACCACCUGGUAUUGGGGAACCAGGACUACCUGGGCCUCAGGGGCCACAGGGUGUUCAGGGAGAGAAAGGACCUAUAGGAGAAGGUUUUCCUGGACCCAAGGGAGACCGGGGGCUGGAGGGGCCGAGAGGGUCUCGUGGACCCCCAGGCGCAGGGAUCAAAGGUGAAAAGGGUGAGCUGGGGCCUCUUGGGCCCCCAGGCCUAGUGGGGUUACCAGGAGUGGGAAUUCAGGGCGAGAAGGGUGUGGAGGGGCCACGCGGACCACCUGGCUCCAGGGGGCAACCAGGGGAGGGUUUUCCAGGACCCAAGGGUGACCAAGGUUUGCCAGGUGAACUUGGGGCACCGGGAGAAAGGGGAAUUGGGGAGCCAGGACCCAAGGGUGAGCCAGGAUCUUCAGGAUUGGCUGGUUUGCCAGGCCUGCCAGGAGAGGAUGGUGCCCCAGGACAGAAGGGUGAGCCUGGUUUGAUAGGCUUGAGAGGACCAGAGGGGACACCGGGAAUUGGAACCCAGGGUGAGAAGGGAGAUCAGGGUCAAAGAGGAAUCAGAGGUUUACCUGGGCCUCCAGGAAUUGCUGGUCCUUCCGGGGCAAAGGGGGAGCCAGGAACUCCAGGUCGUCUGGGAAUGCCAGGGUUGCCAGGACGACCAAUAACUGGUCCAAAGGGGGAAAUCGGCCCACCAGGCCCACAAGGACCUAUAGGGGAGACUGGCUAUGGACUUCCUGGUCCCAAGGGGGAUCGUGGUAACCAUGGUCCACCAGGUCCGUUUGGGCCCAAAGGAGAUGGAUACCCUGGUCCUCCUGGCCAGCCAGGUCUUCCAGGCCUUCCUGGGGAGCCAGGACCAGAGGGAAUAGGACUACCAGGACCGAAGGGUGAUAUUGGAUUCAGGGGGCUGCCAGGUUUACCAGGACCCUCAGGGGAAGGGCUGCCGGGACCCAAGGGUGUUAUUGGAAGACCUGGCCCCCCUGGUCCCCCUGGCCCUCAAGGGGAAGGUCUGCAGGGACCUAAGGGAGAACAUGGACCUCAGGGAGUGACUGGCCCAAGAGGUCCACCAGGAGAAGGAUUAGCAGGUUCCAAGGGUGAUCGUGGUUCACAGGGAGAGAGAGGGCGAAAAGGGGAGAAGGGAGACUUUGGGGAUCCUGGAACUCCUGGUCAAUCUGGAAGACCAGGAAUUAAAGGCGAAGCUGGCCUCACAAGAGAAGACAUUAUUAAAUUGAUUAAGGAGAUAUGUGGUUGUGGGGUGAAAUGCAAAGAAAGACCCAUGGAACUUGUGUUCGUUAUUGACAGUUCAGAAAGUGUUGGACCGGACAACUUUGAAAUUAUCAAAGAUUUUGUCACAGCCCUUGUUGACAGGAUCACUGUGGGCAGAAAUGCUACCAGGAUAGGACUUGUGCUCUACAGUCUGGACGUCCACUUAGAAUUCAACCUCGCCAGGUAUAUGACGAAACAGGAUAUCAAGCAGGCAAUCAGGAAAAUGCCCUACAUGGGAGAAGGCACAUACACGGGCACAGCAAUUCGCAAAGCUACCCAGGAAGCUUUUUACAGUGCCAGGACAGGGGUGCGGAAAGUGGCCAUUGUGAUGACAGACGGACAAACAGACAAGAGAGAGCCCGUUAAACUAGAUAUAGCAGUGAGGGAAGCCCACGCCGCCAACAUCGAGAUGUACGCUAUUGGAAUCGUGAACACCACAGAUCCCACACAGGCCGAAUUCCUACGUGAACUGAACCUGAUUGCGUCUGAUCCCGACAGCGAACACAUGUAUCUCAUCGAUGACUUCAACACCCUGCCAGCUCUGGAAUCCAAACUAGUGAGCCAAUUCUGUGAAGAUGAGAACGGGGCACUGGUGUACAAUCGCAUUGUGAAUGGGUAUGGAACCAAUGGAAACGUCUUCCAGGAGGAAUUCCGGGUCGGGACCAGGCUGACCACCUCCCACAGUGAGAGCUCCAGUGUCGGAAGAGGAGAUGUUCCUGCUGUAUCCGUCAGCACAGGCCGGCCUUCACAGCAGGUUGAAGAAAUCGAUGAAGAUUUGGAAGACCCUUACGAAGUGACAGUGAAAGAAGUGUUGAGCCACUCUUCGUCUGUCAAUGCAAAAGGCAGCGGCACUUCAGUCAUCAGCAGACCUGUGCCUUCUCCACAGCCCAAACCAGUUGCUCCAGGCAGGGAUUCUUCGUCUUCCACUGUGGUAGUGUCAUCAUCAUCCUCUUCUUCUUCAGUCCAAUUUCUACCAGCACCCAGGCCUGUCCUGCCUAAAGAAUUUAUCCCCCUCGAUCCUCGAUGUGCUUUGGUCUUGGACCAGGGUCCUUGCCGUGAUUAUAACAUCCGAUGGUACUAUGACAAACAAGCCAAUGCUUGUGCACAGUUUUGGUAUGGAGGCUGUAGUGGAAACGAUAACCGUUUUGACACUGAAGAAGAGUGCAAAAAGAUAUGCGUGCUGACAAGAACAGGGGAUAGAAGCUGAUUCAAAGAUCAAGCAUCUUAUGCGUCCCAAUGACACCCUUUUGUGCUGAACUGAUUGCUACUGAUGCAUUUUUCUUAAAUAUAUGUCAUUAUUUUAUACCGUUAAGCAUUUCAAUAUGUAUUAUUGAAUUGUAAGAAAUAUGAAUACCUUUCGGUUUGCAUUGUAGCAAUACACUCAGCAUUUCAUUACUUUCUUAUUUUUAGAAAGUGAAGUGCAUGUAAAAAAAACGUUUUUUUUUAUUUUCUGUGGUUUUAGCUACUUCAUUUCUAACAACUUGCUCAGCAAGUUUAGAAAAAAUAGCAAACUGAAAUCAGACAAUUACAUAGGAAGUCCUACAAAAGAAUUGAACGCUGUCAACACAGUUACUGAGUAUGCUCUUGUCACUGUUAAUUGUCAGGAAGUCUGCAAUCAGGCAUUUCUCAGGGCUUAUUUUCAUAGAGACAGUGUAAAAACGUUCAUGUACUGUAUAGUGAUAUUUCUCAUCCAAAAUAAAAGAAACAUUGCUUACAGGUCUUAAAAAUUCAUGUCCCAUUCUGUUUUGUACAGUACUACUGCAAGACCUAAGAGAUCUAUAUUUCACAACAUUGCAUUUUUUGUUAAAUUCAAAAAUGACAAGAGUUGACAAGGAACUAGAAUACAUUGAAGCACUUUUUUACACACCAGUUGCUUUUAAGAAAUGGAUGGAUGAGAAUUUAGAAUAAUUUACUAUUAUGGCCUCAUCUCAUUUGUAUGCUUUCUUUAUUUUUAUGUGACAAAAUAUAACAUCCAGGUAUAAGUGUUAUUGUGUUAUCAUUGUCCCAUUGUGAUAUGUACCAGUAAAUAAGAUGCUGUGUUCAAUGUCCAAAGCAAUUAUAGCGAUAAUUGUAACUGACACACUGAUGUUUUGUAACUUCUAUAAUGCAAAAUUACAAUACUCUAUAAUUUUUCCAUUUUACAAUAAAAGAAGAAACAAUACUAUAAUGUAUUCUUAUAUCACAUUAUAGAUCUGAUAGACUAGAUUUUUUGUUAUAUUAUUUUCUUAACAAAUGUCAAAGGAACGUUUUUCAGCAGAUUUCAUUGAAGAAAAACAUACAGUCAAGGCUAUGAUUAUUUAUAAUGGAUAUAAUAUCCAUUGGUAGUCAUCAGGCAUGAAGGUUUGGUAAUGACUGAUAUAUUGGAUUACUGUUUUAAAUUUGUACAAUAACAGUGUGAAACAGGACAUAUAUCUGUUGUGUACUACAAUUUUAAAACAUGUUUGUAUUCCUAACACAUCUACAUACAUUUUCCAAAAGACAGUGUGUUUUACCUGCCUACCUUUCUUCAUUGGAAGCAUUUUGUGUUUGUUUUGAUAAAGCAACAUGUUUUAUUUUGUGUACAAGUGUGUUUUUAUUAGCUAU